GCUCCGAAGGACAUCGACCUAGAGAAGUCUGAACGGGUAUUUACAAGUUAAGAAAGUUCCUAGCAGGAGUCGGCGCGACCAUCGCACGUGAAAGGUUGUGUUCGCCGCUCCUAGUAUCAGCGAUCGCCUGACAUCUGGCAGCCGACCCACAACUGGCUCUGAGUAAGAGAUCUCUGAGCAUCUAAAGCGCGUUCUCCUGCAGUCAGAAAGUAGAAGUCGGAGUCUUGGUGUCGUCGCUGCGUCCGAGCUGCCGCGAUGGGACUCGCAUUGCCCAGAGCGUCUGUGUUUCUGGCUACCCUCGCCGUCACGGCUGCGUUGUUUUCUGGAGCUCAGGGAUUUAUCAGGGUGCAGAAUGGUGUCUUCGUGGACGACCAGUGUAAGGAGUUCACCUUCAGCGGCUACAACACAUGGCAGCCAAUCGAGUCGGCCUUGAACCUGUGCUGCGGAGGAUACGAAGCCCUCGUUGGCCAGUUCAAGGAAGCAGCACGCCAGAACUUCACAGUGGUGCGCAUGUUUGGGUUCCCCGUGCAGAGGGGCUUCAACCUGCAGACAGCUGCCGGCGUAUACAAUGAGCAGGCAUUCAAGGGCAUGGACACCGUUAUUGCCGAGGCAGCGCGCAACAAUGUGAAGCUGGUGAUCGCGUUCAUGAACAACUGGAACUACAACCCUUUGCAGACCGACUGGAAGUGCUCGUACACGAACUGGACCACGACGGCUCUUGGCUGCGACGACUUCUACACAGACCCCAACUCCAUAAAGCUGUACAAGAACCACGUGAGAACGAUGCUGACACGCGUCAACACCGUUACGGGCCUCGAGUACGGCAGCGACCCCACCAUCAUGGCGUGGAACCUGAUGAACGAGCCGCGCAAUGAGAAGCCGAACGGAGCCCAGGAGAUCCAGAGCUGGAUCACGGAGGUGGCCCCCUACGUGAAGAGCCUGGCGCCCAACCAGCUGGUGACCGUGGGAGAGGACGGCUUCUACCAGCCUGCCACCUGCCAGGCCAACCAGGCCAACCCGGUGGCGACCACCAACGGCGGGCCCGGCGGCGCGUGGCCCGUAGCUACGGGCAACGACUACCUGCCCAACCACAUGGCGGACGGAAUCGACUAUGCUUCCAUUCACAUGUGGCCCGACAACUGGGGCCGCACUGACAAGGCCUUUGGACAAACCUGGCUCGCCGCCCACAUCGCCGACACCAAGUACCUGGGCAAGCCUCUCGUGCUCGAGGAGUUCGGCAAGGCUGUCGGCGGCUACCUGCCCAUCGACAAGCAGGAGGGUCCCGAGGCGCAGUACGCGUACUACAAGCAGACCUACGACGCGGCGCAGGCCUCUCUGCAGGCAAACACCGGCCUCAAGGGCAUCAUGUUCUGGCGCUGGGCUGGCGUCGACCCCACCGCCAAGUUGGCAGACUUCGACGAGGCCGCCACCAUCGCCUCCAACAGCAGCGUGUUCACUGAGAUCAUCCAACCCUUCACGUCCGCGCUCGCACGCAAGAACGCCGACCCAACCCGCGCGGCCGUGACCGGCUGCACGCCCGUUACGGGCGCCCCCACCACCACCACCGCCAAGACGGCCGCCUCCGCGGCGCUGCCGCCCUCCACCGCGGUCCCCCCGACUUCAGGCGCCACCGCCGCCGGAUCCGGCGCCACCGCUACCGGCGCAGCGGCCGGCGGCCGGCGGCUCAUGCAGGGCACCGCCCCGGCCCCUGCAGCGGCCGGCGCAGUGUCUCAGAACUUUGUUGGCAAGUCCACAUUCACCACGCCAGCUGGCAUCACUGCCGCCAACAUUAACAGCAAGGUCACUUGCUGAAGGAGUCCAAUCAUUUGAUCGAACUAGUCCUGUUCAUCGAAGUAUCAGAGGACUGAAGACAGUGACAAAAUGAAGAAGAACCUGACGGAAACAAUGUUGUGGAGUUUGAAGCACUUGUCUUGGAAAGAUAGCAUGCAUGAUGUAGUCUGUAGUCUCAAUGUAGUCUGUUCCACACAUGUGUCAUCAAGGAGAGUCCAGCAUUAGACUGCAGGAUUGUCUGUCCGCGAUGCCUGUACACAUGUGAAAUUUGACCGUCUGAGACCAUCAAUGACUGUGUUGCGAUCAGUGCAUGCAGUGAAUACCCUGACUGAAAUUUUCAUUGAGGUGAGAUAUUUGAUGCAAUUUCCUGUGAAGGAGAUUCCGGUGGUGGAGUAGACAUGUCUGGAAAGGAAAGUCCAAAAUGUCAAAGAAAACUCUGCAC